AUGGAUGGAAGAGGAGGAUCUGAGGGAGCGGGUGGAGGUGGCAGUGUGAAGGAGGUCAGACAGGUAGGGAGGGGCAAGGUUGUGGAUGGCUUUAAAGGUAUGAAGAAGAAUUUUAAAGUUGAUACGGAAGUGAAUUGGAAGCCAGUGGAGUUGCUGAAGGAUGGGGGUGAUGUGGUGGAAAGAGGGGGUGAGAUGCAGACCUCCUGGGAUAAAGGGAUGUGGCUGGCAAAACGUCAGAUAACUGAUCUAUAUACCUUGUGGCCAAAAGAACCUGAUUGUGAAAGCUCCGUAAUGAAAACACAGUACCAAACCAUGGAGCCCAUGGUCCCAAUGGGAGUGUACGGGAUGGCCCCAUCUCACUCAGGGCGUCCCCCCACCUGUGAGCUCGGCUCUGCUGACACUUACAAUAGAUGUUACCCUGAAGACGUGCCCCCGUGCCAUCAUCAAGGCAGCAACACAGGGGCAGUGUACGGACCAUCUGACUAUCAGCUCAAUCAAAGAAUGCACCCCAUCUCCUCUCAAGCACUGCCCUCGCUCAUGGCUCUUAGGGGUCAGGUGAACGUGUCAUUUGAUGGCCAAGGGCACAGGAGAGCCAACACUUGUUUCUCUCAGGGUCCCAGUCGGCACAUGCAGUGGACUAUACACGGACAAUGUUCACACGUUAUUCCAACUGAUGAUCUGGAGUCAGACUCCGGUCUGUCUCUGGGUUCCAGUCCACCUCUGGCCUCCCCUGAUAAUCCUGUCAGUGCUGUUCCAGGUUACCAGAGUGGAGACACAGGCAUUACAUACAGAGAUGGUGAACCUGAGCAUGCCAGAAGAGCACAACUCCAUUACUCAGUCAACUACCAGGGACAGUCAUAUUUACACUCUGGUGUACAUCACUCAAAUUUCUCAGCCCCGAACACUUUAUCUCACACACAACCUGAGACAACGACUCUGCGACCGUUAAAGCACCAGAGCCAGGCUGCUGCUCUGAACGACAUGUACACUGAGUCUGGAGCCUCCAGCAGAGGGAGCUCACAAUUUCACAUGUACACAAAACCACAAGGAAGCAGCUCCACUCAUGCACCACUGAGCAGAGAUGAGCGGCGGGCACUGUCUCUGAAGAUUCCGUUCCCCAUGGAAAAGAUCAUCAAUCUCCCUGUAGACGACUUCAAUGAGCUCCUGACACAGUUCACUUUGACAGAUAAACAAAUGGCCCUGGUCAGGGACAUCAGGAGGCGGGGGAAGAACAAGGUGGCGGCACAGAACUGCAGGAAGAGGAAGCUUGAGAGCAUAAUUCACCUUGAACAAGAGCUGAACGAGCUGCAGGACCAGAAGGAGCACCUGGCCCAGGAGAGACUGGAGUUCCAGCACAGCCUGACCUUCAUUAAAUGCCGCCUCACAGAUCUCUAUGCAGAAGUAUUCACUCACUUGCGAGACGAAGACGGACAACCAUACUCAAUAGAUGAAUACUCCCUGCAACAGACACCUGAUGGUAAAAUUUACCUGGUACCUCACACUACUGUGCCAAAGAGAGGGCAGCGCUGAGGAACUGGAUCUAGAGUUUCAUUACUUGUGCCUGAAUGUGCCAACUGAAACCACUUCAGCCAACUGGAAGUUGUACAUAAGUCAUGCAAAUGUUGUCUAAGUCCUUAAAUGUAUAAAUUUCAAAGAUGCAUCACAGGACUCUUCAUAUUAAAAAAAGACUGAAACCAAACAACUUUUCUUUAAAAAUAAUUUAUUUAAAAAAUAAAAAAGACACUGCACAGCAGUUAAAAAUGGUCUCCAAAAAUCUUCAGCACCAGCUGGAUUGUUCAAGAAAACCUGUGGAGGAAAAAACAAAACAAAUUAACAGAUCAGGUUUUAUUCUGGCAAAAGGAGAAACUGAAAGUGUUGUGCCGUUUGUUUUUGUACCUCAUUGAGCCAAAGUCAUUGAAAAAUAAUUCAGGACCUGUGGACGAUGUGUGGGGGUUCACCUAGAAAGCGGAAACACCAAAUAAGUAAAAUGCAUUCUUUCCAAAAAAUGUUUAUAUUAUUAGCAUGCAAUUUGUUGUAGGACCUCAGUGCAAAAUUAAAGAGGCCAAUGUUACCAUUCAGGGGUGUAUGUCAUAUAAAAGUUUGCACAAAUGUUAAGUAGUUACUGGGCUACACAGCUUACUACCA